AUGUCGUCGGGUCUUCUUGGAGUCACCAUCCAAGGUGCUGUUCUCUCCGCCGCGUCAAACACCCUCGCCCAAGGCUUUAGAGUCUACCGCGAAGGAAACCUCUCCGCAAUCGAUCCCGUCGCGUUCAUCCAAUUCAUCUUGUUCGCGAUUAUCAGCACGCCGCCCAACUACAAAUGGCAAUUAUGGCUCGAGGACACCUUUCCCAGCAAUCCCAAACAAGACGUUGCCGCUGCUAAGAAGAAGGAUAACAAUGAGAAAGAUGCUGGGAAAGAGGCAUUCUCGAUUGUCAACACUAUAGCAAAGUUCCUGCUUGAUCAGACUAUUGGUGCCGUAGGGAAUACCCUUUUGUUCAUUGUGGUCCUCAAUCUGAUGAGGGGUGCUGGCUGGGAUGCUGUAGUGGCGGCGGUACAAAAGGAUUUCUACCCGAUGGUGCUCGCUGGGUACAAGUUCUGGCCUUUAGUGACUCUGGUGAACCUUGUGCUUGUCCCGGUGGAGCAAAGGAUGCUUGUUGGUGGCCUGGCUGGAUUGGCUUGGGGUGUCUAUGUUAGUCUCAUGAACAUCUAA